UUAAUUGAGACGCUGUGAAGAUUAGACGUUAGAAAAGUAGCGAGGAAGCCAUUAUAAAAAAGAUUGGCGUGAAAGGCCAACUGCAUUUAACAAGAACGCUAUAUAAUUUGUAUACCAGAAAAUCACAAAAAAAAACACAAACAAAUAAAAUGUUUAAAUUACAUUUCAUGCUGUGCAUAUGCUAUGCAUUGUUCUUUGUAAUCCGAUCACAGAUUGCCUAUGAGGAGGAAGUGGACCUCGAUAAGGGCAAACAGAAUCUGAAUGGCCGUAAACCGGUUUACUUGCCCGCCCGCUGCCCUCGCUAUCAACUGCUUUACCCUGGGGAUCAGCUUAAUGAUUGGAUAUGCGAUUGCUCGCCAGCGGCGCUUUAUUAUCCGGAAACCGAUGCCUGCUAUCCGGCGUAUAAAAGGGGGCCUUGCAAAGAGGGCGAGAUGCUUGUGCUCUACAAGGAGAAGGUUGUGCCGGAGUGCGUGAGCAAUCCCUGCCAGACGGAUGGCCUUUUCCGCAUACGCGACAAAUGCUUUGAGUUUGGCAACAGCAAUCACAGCAGCAAUCCGUGCCCCAACAAGGAAUUGACCUUUGUCCUGGGCGUUAAUCCGCGCACCCUGAUGGUCGACUGUGUCCAGCUCUCGAUGCAGGUGGAAACCCGCUUCUCUUUGGGAGAAACUGCACCGAAUGAUUAUUACAUUGAUAUGGCCGAGAAGUGUAUGCGGGGAAGUCGUCUGGUUGCUCAGGGGCACUGCUCGAAGCAACCAUAAACUUAAAGGGGGCGGGUCAAGACCAGUACACUCAGAGAAAAAAGAUUCCUUUUUAAAUUUCUUGAUAAUGCUUGAAAUCAAGAUUGAUUCCAUUAUAAAGAAUAAGAAUCAAGUGUAGAAUACUCAUUGCAAUUAGCAAUUGUCAAUUAGGUUUUUAUUUAAGAAGUGAAAUUCUUGACAUUCAAAUUGAAUAAAGAACUUGAUUUGAUAAAUGUUUAAAACUUAGAAAAGCACCAUAAUCAGAAAUUUUGAGAUUACAAAAAAAAAAAAAACAAUAGUUGAAUUAAGAUUUUCGAUCUGCGCUUCCAUUUCAUAAGCGUAUAAAAUCCUCUAUUUUAUUUUUCUGAGUGUAUAAACUAAAAAACGAUUUUAAAAUUAUUUGCUUAAAGCAACAAUAAUAAUAAUUAUAAUAACUAUUUUUAUGUACACGUAAA